AUGUUUGGCAACAUGGUACCCAAUGUGGCUGACGAUGUGCUGGCAGACUGCUUCAUGGAUGGAGAGAGCUCGUUGUGGGGGUCCAGACGUUGGUCGACCAUGACGGUUUGGUCGACCGUUGGAGUUCGGGAGUUCGUGUUUGGCACAGACUGUGUUUUCCGGUGGAGAGAGAACACAGAGGCCCGUUUGGUAGCAGACGGCGGAGGAGACGGUGGUGUUGGGGAUUUUGGCAUCGUGCUGAUGAUGACCGGUUUCUCAAAGCUUUCUGCGUCCGAUUCGAUGGCAAUGGCACCCUUGGUCUUGUUUCUGUACAUUUUUCUGAGGAAGAAUGCUAGAAGCAGCAGCAGGGCCAGAGCGACAAGCCCGACCACGGUGAACACACCAGCGACUUUUCCCUUGUGGUCGAAGAAGGAGUCCGAUUUCCCGGUUCCGUUGGACGUGUUUCCGGAGCGGGAGCCGGACGGGUCGUUCGUGGACGAUGGGGAACUGGAGUCUGCAGUUGACGAAGGGGUGUAUGUGAUUGUGGUUUUGAUCAUGGUGGUUACAUAUGCAGUUGCGACUCCGGAUCCCUGUGUGGAGGUGAGGAAGGAUGAGGUGGAGGUGAUGACCGAGUGGAUGGAUGAUGAGGAGGAAGUGGAAGAGGAGGACGAAGAAGCGGAUGAUGAUGAGGACGACGACGAUGAGGUGGUCGAAGAACUUGUUGUAGAGCUAGACGAGGUGAUGGAGCUAGAAGACGAGCUUGUUGACGACGAGGACUCGGUUGUGGAGGAGGAAGGGGUGGAAGAGCUCGAUGUGGUGGAGCUAUCAAUGGAAGAUGUACUUGAGGAGGACUCCGAUGCGGUCGACGAAGUAGGCGACUCGGAGGACGACACAGAGGACGAGGUGGUCGUUUGCGCGACGGAGGUUGAGGAGCUUUCCGACGAGGACGUUGUGGAGGAGCUAGCGGAGGUGCUCGAUUCUGACGAACUUGAUUGGGAGCUGCUUGAGGCCGUUUCAGGAUCCCAGAAAUAG